AUGUUUUAUGCACAGUUUGUAUUAUCGAAAAAAGGUCCUUUGGCCAAAAUUUGGCUUGCCGCGCACUGGGAGAAAAAACUCUCAAAAGCCCAGAUUUAUGAGACAAAUGUUCAGGAUGCUGUGGAUGAAAUACUUCAACCCAAAGUAAAAAUGGCUUUGCGUACGACUGGUCAUUUAUUGUUAGGUAUUGUUCGAAUAUAUUCUCGGAAGGCGAAAUAUCUUCUCGCCGAUUGCAAUGAAGCAUUUUUGAAAAUUAAAAUGGCAUUUCGACCUGGACAAGUUGAAUUAGAUGAUGGUGGUCACCACAUUGCUAUCAGCGCUGCUAUCAAUCUUCCAGAAGUUUUUCAUGAUUUCGAUGCUGCUUUACCUGACUUUAAUGAAUUAGAUGUGCAUGCACAACUUCAUAUCAAUCAAAGUCGACUUGAUGAUAUUACUUUGAAGGAAGAUCUUAUUCCGGAAGCAGCAUCAGAUAUGCCAUUUGGGGAGGAAUUUGGAGGUGACGAUUUUGGUGAAAAUUCACUUGGUUUUUUCAACGAUAAUAUCGAAGAACCUCGUGAACGAGUGUCCGAUGUCCUGGAAAAUUUAGGUGGAACGAUUGUGAAAUCAGGAGCAACAAUGCUGGAAGAAUCUCGGCCAAAUGAAAUUAGAAAUGACGAUAUCAAUUUAAAAGAGAUAGACGUUGAUAUUGCUGAUCAACUCGGAAUGCCGUUGCCUGAUGAUGAUUUUGGAGAUUUUCCUACUGACAAUAUGUUAGAUGAUGUAAUUUUCAAUGAAAAUGAGUUAGCAAAAAGUUUGGAUGCAAUGGAAGCACCUGGAGCAGAUCAAGAUAUCCCUUUGGAAACGGAUGACAUUGCAGCAGCUGCUAUAGCAGGCCUUGUUAAUCCUACUGCUGGUGUCCUAACCAGUGAGAGUUUUGCUCUUGAACCCUUGGAUGUAGCAGCUGUUGUGGUUGCUGGAAUUGAAAAACCAGGCCGGUCGAAGCGGAAACGUAGAUUAGUAAUUGAUGAGCAAAAAAAUAUUUCUGGUGAUGAAAUGAAAGCAAAUAUGGCAGAUUUUAGGGACACUUUGCAGUCAUUAGACCUAGCACCACCCACGAAGAAGCUGAUGAAGCUUAAAGAAACUGGAACAGCCGACAAAUUAUUCAUUAAUCCGGGAUGUCCACAUCUGCGGGCUAAAUGCUUAUUAAGAGUAAAAAUUCAGAGACAGUUUGCAAUGUAUUGGACUUUUUGCGAAUCAGAUGAGUUUCACAACUCUUUCAUUUUACAGCUUUACAAUGCGAAUCUUGUUUAUCGUGUACAUUGCGCCAACGUAGUAAAUGUUGAUCAGAUAAAGAGAGAUCUGGAAAUGGUCGAAAAUGUUGACGUUAAUAUUGAGCCUGAGGGAAGCAUUGUCUCAGGAUUCAUGGAUGACCGUAUGGAUGAUUUUGAAGAAACUCAAUUAGCAGUGUUAUCACCGGAUGAGAAUUUAGGCCCUCUUGACACAAUACAAGAGGAAGAAAUUUCUGCUGUGCCAGAGGAACAAAUAUGUACCGAUAUUGCCAGUCCUGAAAAAAAGAAAGAGCGUAAAAGUCGACCUGAGCGUACGAUUGAUGAGGAUGAGACUGGUGGUGAUGGUGAAGAUGAACAUAGGUGGACAAAAAGAACGCAAAAUGUCUUGAAUUCUAUUUCAAGCAAGAUCAAAGCUUCGGCUGAUGGAAAAAUACUUUUUACCGAUCUUUUAACGAAGGGGUCAACACGAAAAACUGCUGCACAGAAAUUUUCAAUGUUACUUGUUUUAAAAAAGUGGCAAGCAAUCGACUUGUGUCAAGCAGAACCCUAUGGAGAAAUUGAGAUUUCUGCUGGUCCUAAUAUCACAUCUGCCGUUUCUUCUUAA